AUGGCGACUCCUAACUACACUGCUACCAGCCACUCACUCUUCAUUCUGCUGGGCAUCCCUGGCUUGGAAGACCAGCACACAUGGAUCUCUCCCCCCUUCUUUAUUUCCUACCUUAUCGCUCUCCUUGGGAAUAGCCUCCUCAUCUUCAUCAUCACUAAACGCAACCUCCAUAAAUUCAUGUACUCCUUCCUCUGGAUGCUAGCUGUGGCUGACCUCAUUCUGUCCACCACCACUGUGCCCAGAGCCCUAGCCAUAUUCUGGUUCCAUGCUGGGACGAUCUCCCUUGAUGGCUGUGUCACACAAAUCUUCUUUAUCCAUGCUACCUUCAUCACUGAAUCAGGAAUUCUGUUGGCAAUGGCAUUUGACCACUAUGUGGCCAUCUGUGACCUGCUGUACUACACCACAGUGCUCAGUCAGUCAGUAAUCAUAAGGGUUGGCUUGGCUGUGGUCCUGAGAAGCUUCCGUGUGAUACUCCCAGAUGUGUUUCUGGUGAAGCGACUGCCUUUCUGCCGUAGCAAUCUGCUGCCACACACCUGCCGUGAGCACAUGGCUGUGGCCAAGUUUGCUUGUGCUGACAUUCGUGUCAAUGUGUGGUAUGGCUUGUCUGUCCUCUCUACUGUAGUGCUAGAUGCCUUGUUCAUCUUAGUUUCCUACAGCCUUAUCCUCUUUGCAGUCUUCCACCUACCCUCCCGAGGAGCUCGGCAAAAGGCUCUGGGCACAGGUGGCUCCCACCUAGAGGUCAUUUCCAUGUUCUAUUUGCCUGGCAUUUUAACCAUAAUUACCCAGAGGUUUGGGCACCAUGUGCCUCUCCACACACACAUUCUGCUGGCUAAUGUCUGCAUGUUGGCCCCUCCUAUGCUGAACCCCAUCAUUUAUGGUAUCAAGACUAGACAGAUUUGA